CGUCUGUGGAAGAGACCAAAAUAAAUGAUUUAUUUCCUUCCCCACAAUCGUUGGAUAAGCGUAGUUAAAAAAAUGCUUUAUUUGGAUGGAGGGAAAAGCAAUAAAUCGUGAUUUGGUGAGGUCACGAUGGAGAAACUGUCAAGAAAUGCUGGUUAUCUGUUUAACAAAACUGUUCUAGAUAAUCAUAAAUACCGCGCAUAUGUUACGACGACUACAGAUUCCACUGUUUCCCAUCCAUUGAUGGCUCGAAAGAAUUUCCUUAUGAUUGGUGGAUUUCUGCUAUCAGCCAUCUGUGCCGUUGGUAUUUUAUUCAUGCUCGUCACACAUUUUCUCAGCAAACGUUCGUGGCGACGACAAAAGGCCAAAUAUCGCGCACGUGGUUUGGAGUUGCCGCGCAUGCUCGGAAAAGAAGUAACCUUGCCGCUGUAUCAAACGAAAAGAUUCCGAAAGACGAAGCUUUGACGGACGUUUCAUAGCAUGCAAAUGCGGGACUUAUUUGUUGAAUACAAGUGAAAAAGGAAGUCCUCAAAAGGAAGAAUGAAGACACAAUAUUUAUAGAGUCAAGUUAAGUAACAAGACUAACAUGUGACGUGAUACAAUCAUGGUUAUAACGUCGUUUAACAAUAUUCCCAGUAUAACUUUCAGAUUUGGGUGUACAUUUUAUUUUGUGGAAAGUAUAAUUUAUAUCUGAGGGUGAAUGUGCUCGUUUAAAAUCUUUCAAAAAAUGUUUCUAUAAGUGUUUUUAUAUGUGGUCGAAUAUAUAUGAUCAUAAUGAAUAUUCGGUGUUGUUUUCUUAUUGUGAAACUUUGCUUGCAUUCGUAAAACCUGUGCAGACAUAAUUUUUAUUCAGUCUUAGGUCUAGGCUUAAGUGACUAUGUGAAUUCAGGUGUACCUGGGGACAGCUUAUGGUUUUUACACCGCUAGCUAGAACUUUCAGCAACAAUAUAGCUACAAUACAUCAAGUUGAGACAAAUA